AUGCCUCGAUUCAGAUUCUCGGCCCUCUGGGCCGCGCCCGAGGUGUGUCCCGUGAGCAAAAAGGCACGCAGCAUCCCCGUACUCAACCCCUUCGACAUGUACGGACGCGUCUUUUUCUUUUCCUGGAUGGGUUUCAUGCUCGCCUUCUGGGCCUGGUAUACGUUCCCGCCGCUUCUGACCGUCACAAUCAAAAAGGACCUGCACCUGACCGAUGCGCAAGUCGCCAACUCCAACAUCAUCUCCCUAGUCGCCACCCUCCUCCUCCGGUUCGCCACCGGCCCACUGUGUGACCAGUUCGGCGCGCGCCGCGUCUUCCUCGGCCUGCUCCUCGCCGGGUGCCUCCCCGUCGGGCUCGCCCCGCUCGUCCGCACCGCCUCGGGCCUCUACGCCGCGCGCUUCUUCCUCGGCGUGCUUGGCGCCACCUUUGUCCCCUGCCAGGUCUGGUGCACCGGCUUCUUCGACAAGAACGUCGUCGGCAGCGCAAACGCCCUCGCCGGCGGCUGGGGCAACGCCGGCGGCGGCAUCACCUACUUCAUCAUGCCGGCCGUCUUUGACUCGCUCGUCUCGCGGCAGGGCUUGAGCCCGUCGACGGCCUGGCGCGUCACGUUUGUGGUUCCGCUGGUCUGUCUGAUGGCGUGCGCGCUGGGCAUGGCGCUGCUGUGUCCGGACGCGCCCCUCGGGAGGUGGAGCGAACGCGACGAGCGCAUCCGCGAGAACCUACGCGCGCUGCAGAUGCGCGAGGGUAGCACCGAUACGGGCCUUGAGACACCGAAAACCGAGACGUACGCAUCGUCGGAUGAGGAAAAAGCCGGCGCAAAGAUGCCGGCCGACGCCGGAGCGGGCCUCUCGCAUCAGCAGGCCCUCGACAUUGCGCAGGGCGAAGUCGUCAUGAAGCCACUCCUCAGGGACUCGUUGGCCAUUCUCCUCUCUCCACAGACCAUUUUCCACGUCGUCACAUACGCAUGUUCCUUUGGCGGCGAGCUCGCCAUCAACUCGGUCCUCUCCUCCUACUACAAGCACAAUUACCCGCACCUCACCCAAACGACGGCCAGCAACUGCGCCGCCAUCUUUGGCUUCCUGAACGUCAUCACGCGGCCUCUCGGGGGCGUCGUCGCCGACGUGCUCUACCGGCGGGGCGGCCGCAAUCUGUGGCUCAAAAAGGCCUGGAUCACGGCCUGCGGCCUGCUCGGCGGCGGGCUGCUCAUAGUCAUCGGCCGCGUGAACCCCUCCGAGGGGAGCGGCAUGCCGCUCGGCGCGCUCGUUGGCCUCGUUACCGUCAUGGCCAUCUUCGUCGAGGCCGGCAACGGCGCCAACUUUGCGCUCGUGCCGCACGUCCACCCGGCGGCCAACGGCGUCGUCUCGGGCGUCACCGGCGCGGGCGGCAACCUCGGCGGCGUCAUCUUUGCCAUUGUGUUUCGGUUCAUGGACCACGGAAAGGGCUACGCCAAGGCGCUCUGGGUGAUUGGCGUCAUGCACAUUGCGCUCAAUCUAGCGGUGUGCUGGAUCGCGCCGCUGCCCAAGGGGCAGGUAGGAGGACGUUGA